CCAGGGUCGGUGCUGCGCGCCCGGCGAGCCGGCUGUGUAUUUAGCGCCCGGCGUGUUGAAACGCGAGCAUUUCCUCACUCCUCUCCCCGAACCACACCUCGGCCAGGGGCUGAAGUUCCCAAGGAAACUUUCCUCCUCCUCGACCCAGAGAAGGCGCCCGAGCCCGGCGCGCUCAGAGGGGAAGGUGCUGCCAACACAGGCUUUGGGCUGGGGAUCCCAACGGCGACCUACGAUCCUGAAAACUGAAAGGAAAGGGACUUCCCCCCCAGUUCCCCUGGGAUUCGCUUGCGGAGACCAAUAUACCACCUGCUCCAUGGAGUGACUCCGAGCAGGGCCUGUGCUGCCGUUUCUUGUGUGUGUGUCCGUCCGUCUGUCCAUCCACCCUCCCAGGGAAAGUGGGAGCAAAGCCGGGGGCGGCAGAGCCGGGACCACAUUGAGCAGCGGGAGCGAUCAGGAAGCAAAAAAGAAAAACUGGAAGCCUCUGCGAAUAUGAGUGACUUUUGGCACAAGCUGGGCUGCUGCGUAGUAGAGAAACCCCAGCCGAAAAAGAAGAGGAGGCGAAUUGACCGCACCAUGAUAGGGGAGCCAAUGAAUUUUGUACACCUGACGCACAUCGGAUCGGGUGAUAUGGCAGCUAACGAGGGCCUUCCCAUGACAGGUGCUGUUCAAGAGAUGAGAUCCAAAGGCGGACGGGAGAGGCAGUGGAGUAGCUCCAGAGUCUUGUAGCUCUAUGCACAGAGUGUCCCAGGCUAUGUCAGAGCCCACACUUGAAUUGCCUGCGUGCCAGUCAGGCGGAAAUACAAAUAUUUAGCGCUUUAUUCACUCGAUAACUUAUGCAAACUGAUCCCAAACGUCAUGAUUUUUUUUUUUACGUGUUUCCUCAGCAUCUAAUAAGUUUCACCAAAAGUGCAAUGUGGGUUAUUUUUUUUUCUUUUUUUUUUUAAAUACUGAAAGCUCCUGUCCUAAUGGCUCCCCCGUGUGAAUCCCAACAACUUGUGUUUUGUUGCAUUUGGGUGGUUGGUUUUUUUUUUUUUUUUUUUUUUUUUUUCCCAGAGACUUCAAACUUUAUUCAUACUUAUAAGCACAAAAAUAACAGCCAAGCGCCGGUCUAGUCAACAAUCUUUCAACACUGCAGUGAAGAAUGGAAAUAUGGAACCGUGAAACUCUCAGAGCACUGCUUGGUUCCACCUUGGCAGGGUGGGGAAAGGACACAGCGAAAACAUGCGCAGGCCUUCAAGUUAUAAGAUCUUUGGAAUCGGAUCCAAUCCAAGGGCAGAUGAUCAGAAUCCCUGUAAGAGCAAAUCACUACCUGACCACCAAUGUGUUAGACUUAACUGGUCUUCAGUAGUUCCGGCAAAUAUUCAUGUCCAUGGCUCUAUACAGCUUAGUUAGCCGAGCUUUAAGGUAGGAAUAUUCAUGGGUGAUGGAGGGCAUAGUUGGUAGAGAGUGGAACUCUGGAAUGCUAGUCCUGCUUGUGACACACAUUUCUUUGGCAGAUCGGUCUUAAGAGUUUCUGAAUUCAAGGCCUUACGCCUAUAAUUUAAAAGGUCUCCUGUAAUUUUGGCUCCCAACUUGAGGCGGGUUGGGGUCUGAUUUUUCACAGGUGCCAAGGUUCUGGAGUUUGAAGGCUCAGUCCCACUGAAAAUCAGGCUCUUGGUGUUGCAAACGGAGCACCCAGAAUUAAUAGGCUAGCUCUCUGCCUCAGUUUCCCCCGCGUGUAACUACAUUCCUACCUCCCAGGGCUGUUGUGAGGAUUAGCGUUCUGCAAAUUGCUGUUUGUGAUAUGUAACAGGACUAUUAGAAGGGAUGGAUUUACCCAGCGGCCUUGAUGCUUCUUUAGGUGCACAGUGAAAGUUACAACGCAGCCAUCAGCAACUCCAUGGGCGUACUUAGAGAGACAUGUUAAUGGACGAGAUCUUCAGUGGUGGUCUUCAGGUGCCUCGAUUUUCAAAAAGUGUGGUGCACCACUGAAAAACCAGCCUUCCUAAGGUCUCGUGGUGUGCCUCCAAAAACCCACAUCACUUUUCAGCCUGUGGCCUUCAAACCUGUCUGGGAGAGUUGUCUGUGAAGAGAUCAGGCCUGUAAGAAGUGGUACAUAGCCCUACAGUUACGGAAUUUUUGUUUUACAGAUGCCAGCGGGGCACAAACACAAACAUGCAUGGGGUUUUGGUUUUUGCUUUUGCUUUUAAGAUCGAGAGCGAAUUUAAAAGAGCUUUCCACUACAUGUCUGCAAGACUGUCCUAACGCUGUGGAAACAGACAGAGGCCCUGGAGACAGAUUGCUAAAGGUGAACUGCCUAGCAAUGAUUCAGCAUCACCGCACAAACAUGUCUGCAGAACUGCAGUUACUGCCUCUUUCUGACUGAGGUGUCUUCCAGGUGGGAGUGUUGGUCUUCAAAGAAAGCAUACUGAGAUAUGAUUGAAUGAAGUGUGACCCUGCCAGCAGAAACUGGUCACACCCAAGGUCACUGGAGAUAGUCUUAGCUGUUCUCUGAGGGGGCAGAAGGUGUAAGGCACAUGGCGCCGGCUGUGACGAUUCCAAGGGGAAUAAGAGGGCUUUGGCAGCUCUAAGUUUGCAAAUUUUCUUCAAAGUGUUCAUCUCUGGAUCUCUUCCCUACAUCCACCCUUGACUCUAGUCCCCUGGCACAAGAGCAAGCAGAUGAUUUGCCUUUCGUCUAUGGGGCGCAGUGCUCUCCUUUACCCCGGCUUACAGGGAAUCUGCCCAAGUCACCUCUUCACUGGAUUGAUUCCCGUGGAGUUCAGUGCCAUGACUUUUGAUUUAUGACUGUGAGCAGGAGAGCCGGUUCCUGGGAGCUGCCCAGGUGUCAGCUGGCAGAGCAUUCGGUCCAUAGCUGUCCAAAGGAAGAGAGCUGCCCUAAGGGGGAAGGGUUAAAUCUUGGAACAGCAAAGAAAUCCGUGGCACCUCAUCGGAUAUGCCUCUGUGUCGCUACAGCUGUACUUCAGGCUUCCGGUCAAGGAGGAGGGUAGUCUGUUAUUGCUACCAUGGACAAGAGCUGCUGUGGUGAAUAACAGUAAAAGCAUCAGGGUGGUCUACCAAAUGGCUUGGAUUGAGAGCACGACUCCUGAGGAGUACCCGAGUUCUGUGGAGCUUGCUAGCCUCUCCUUUCAACAGCCUUGUUUUGUGAAGGGCCAGACGGCUUGAGGAUCCUGGUACGGAGCUGCUCAAAUUCUAGGCUCCUCCUGCAAAUUCUGCCAGCUGUUUGGUGAGUGUCUGCCCCAGUGACACAUGCUGCUGAUGGUCUUUCCGGCUAGGCCUGUGUUUGGAUGCGCUAUGACAAUUGGAUUCCCCUCUGGAACAGAGUGAAAGACCCUAGCUUGGCUGCAUAUUGUAGGAAGCUUGCCCUGCUGCAGUCCCUGUCGGGGGGAAGAUGUUCUCCAACAGUCUGGUGCCUUUUAUCAGCAUUACAUUUGCCCCUAAUUUAGGAAAAAUAGCCUGGAUCAGGAACUCUCAGUUGACGGAGGCACUUUUUCGCUGUCCCAACAUGCUUGUGGGUUAGUAAAUUGCAACCACACCCCUUUGAGUAUCAUGGCUUCGCUAUACACAUGCACACUCUAGUCAAAGGUGUUUUUGCUUGAUGUGCUAGACUCUCUUUUGCCAGCUUAUGAAAGGUUUUAGGCCUAGUUUGCAUUGAAAGCAGAAGAUAUUCUGGAUGAAGCUGCAAAAGCUGACGCACAAGAUAAAUUGAUUCUUCUGCAGAAAACUAGUCCAGGCUUUUUCACUGAUUUCUUCCCUCCUCCCCGCGCUGCUUUCUGUGGUAUUUUAUAAACAAACUGCAGGUGCCGAUUCAGUUUUCCCCAAACCUGAAACUAAAACUUUUGUGCUAGCCGGAGGGAGAGUGUCUUUCGAACUGCCAAACCCAUUUGUUGCCAUGGAACAUUUGUCGAAAUGGGGGUGCUGGGGGGAUGGUUCGCCCUGAAGUGGAGUCUGUUUGAACAGUGACAGUCUCUGCAUUUUUUAUUUUUAUUUUUUUUAGUCCUGUUUGUACAUUGGAAAGCUAGAAAUUUACAUAAAAGAAAAUUUAGCUGAGGCUCUGAAAGCCUGAUGCAAAAGCAUCUUGCUUGCCAUCUAGCAUUCCUACAGUCAGGUUCCAGUCAGAUGAACAUGCCUUCCUCUCUUAGCUCAGUGGAAAUUCAGAGUGCCUCCAUAAAGCCAGAGUACUAUUGAUGGCAAUACUGGAUUUACACUAGUUGAAAUGAAGGCAGAACCUCGCCUAGAAUUAGUGGCAUUUCACACAACAGUGUAGGAAACGCGCAAUGUUGAUACCCCUCUGAUACAAUUUUGUUGCAAAAUGCACAUCUAUUUUUUGCAAACUUUCAAAAUACUUUAAAUGCUAGGAGCAACCUGAUCUCAAUCACACAGGUGCCGAUCUGACCUGGACUCCACAAAAGUCUCUCCAGAUAUACCCAAUGGAUAAAAAUCAAAUCUCACUCUGUGGGCUUUUAAAAAUAUUCAGUUAGGCUAAAUCAUAUUAUAAACCUCAUCAAAUGGAUUUCUGUAUUAGAUUAUUGUAACUGGAAAAACAUUUAAGUCCAGUUCAUGUUUCACUAUUUAUGCAGUCUUGAUUACUUUGUAUGUUUCUCUCCACACUGAAAAUAGACCAUUGUUCCCCCUUUUGAUCUGUAAUCCGUUUUAGGUUUAUGUUCACCACCACAAGUGGAAUGCUGCAGUGUUUUGCAACCCAAAUAUGGCAGGGCAAUAUAAUGUUUGUGUGGUGGUUUUUGUGUGUUGUUUUCAAUGUUUUCAAUUUUAUUUUCUAGCUAUGCAUGAAUCUUGGUUUAUCAAAGCUUGUUUUUAAACCAAACCUGGAUUCUGCACCCCAGUUUGACCUGCCAGCACACCACUGAUUGAAAAUUAUCCCCUUCCUACCAAACUCUCCGGAACCUAGUAACAAUGCAAAACCCUUUCUAACCAUGUUAUGCAUGUCUGUUUGCACUGAGAAACAAAUGACCAAUGUUUCUACAGUCUUUAAUUGAGACAAAUUUCCCACUGAGGUUAACAAGCACCAUGCUCUUACUGGAGUCAAGGGCCAAAUGGAAUGUGCUCAUUUUAAGGUCCACAUUCUCCUCCUUUGAAAUCAAUGGGAGGAAGGGGGGAGGGGGUCCAUUGUUUCCCCUGGGAACAAGCUUUAGCAUUAAAAGCCUGAAGCUAUGAGAGGGGUACACAGGAGGGGCCUGAUUCUCUGUUGUCCUGCAUGUUGUGUAUUUAUUUACAAGAGUACAAAUGUUGCCAAACAGAGCAGCAGUGACCUAUGUAUGCUUUGCUCUGGUGUAAAUGACUGUACAUAGUGCAGAAUGACGGAGAAUGAUGUUAUUGUGUCCUAUGUGAGGAGGAGGCAGCAAGGAAUCCUUUACUUACACAUUUAUUUAUCCUCAAGAGUUUCCCAAGGAGUAGAGGAAAUUGCAAGAGAGAGAUCUGGAAGGUCUUGAGCCAGAGACCACAAUUCCUAUGGAUAAAAUAAUCCAACCAACCAUCUCAACCAAUGUUCUAGAAGUCUGAUGGCUUUUGCUGCUCUGCCACAUACUUCCUUUGCUGGAACAGUUCUGGCAAAGACAAUGUCUCUUACUUUCUCACUUUUUAGGAGAACUGGGUCCUGGACCUCCAUUACUAGAACACCCCAAAUUCCCACGGAACUUUGGAGUGUGCAAGUAAUGGAGGAUGUGUGGAUUUUUGUUUUGUUUUUUGUCACAAACAAAACAUGACAAGAUGGCUAAGGAGGAAGAAAUUUGCUCAGAAGCUUUGCCAAAUGAACAUGCUGAACUAUCAUGUAUUUUAAAAAGCUUGACUAUUGGCAGAGGAAGAAAAAGCACAGGACUUAUCAAAAGAAUCUGGCUCAGUUUUCCAAUAACUUGAUUUUUUUAAUAAGUAUUUUGAUGUAAAAUUCUAGCUCCUGCACAAACUAUGGAUUUCACAGCUGGACUGUUGAAAACAAUCACGCUGAUAGAAUAGCUGGGCUAUUCUGAUGUUAGUAGCUAGAAAUAGUUUUUUUAAACCAAGAAAUGCAUUGCAUAUAAAAAGGUAUCACUCUACCAAAGACGUUUAGCACUGGGAAGCCAUAGCAAUAGCUAUUCGGUGGAUCCCUCUUACAAUAAAUCCAAAUACACUGAAAUGUAUUUAUCCUAAUAUCUGCUGUACUGAGGCACUGUUGUAGAGAAUUUACAAUGAUGUUCUGCUGUGCAAAAAGGUUUUAUGGGGGUUGGGGAGUGUUUGUGGAACAGUUGUACAGAAAUAUCCUUCUUUCUCUUUUACACACCUUAACUUUUCCUACAAAGUAUGUGUUUGAAAAUAAAAAUUAAAAGAUGUCUGUUUGUAUUGACAGUCCUGUUUUGUGAAGUCGAAGGUUGAAAUGCCCUUCUGUCUCACCCCCCCCCUCACCCUUUAUAAAUAAACUCUAACUCUGUUCCAUAAUCUUCAGUUGCUACUAUGAAAUAUUUAUACAGAACAUAAGAUGCCCAAGUGUAUGAAAAAGGUGGCAUUCUCAUUCAUAAAAGAUUCAUCGU